AUGGACGCCGUGGACUUGAUCGCUCACGAAGCUGGGAAUGCCGUGAGAGAUGUCCUCGGUCUGACAGCCGCAAGUGCGGUCGCAACGCCAAUGGCUCCGUCUUAUCCUGAUAUACAACAAGACAUAUACAAGAGAUCUCUCCUCUACCAGUCACGGGCGUCUGGUCUGGGUGCCGAUGGAGCAUUCAAUGCUUCCUCAAUCCUGGCAAGACAGCAGCAAUACAAGAUCCAGGUCAUAGCCACAACCUUCUCCAGUUGUAGCAUAGCUGCAACACUAUGUGCGAUCUACUGGUUCUGCAUGAUGAGGAGGAACUUUCGGAGGGACCUGGUGUUGCUACUAAUCUGUGGCGACUUCUGGAAAGCCGCCUGGUUCCUGGUGUUCUCCGCUACUACUCUUGGACACGGCCAUAUCGAAACAGAAUCUUCCUUUUGUCAGGCUAGUGCAUACUUCCUUCAAGUCGGACUGGAGGCAUGUGAUAUCGCGAUUCUGUUGAUGAGCUUGCACAUGGCACUACACAUCUUCCCGCCCAACGACUCUUUCCUCGGACAUGACGGCCUUUACCGCGUUCGUUACUACGUGCUCGCGGCUUGGUUCACUAUACCGAACUUUAUAGCGUCCUUGGCCUUCAUCAACGACAACAACGCAUUCGUCUCCCAAGGCGGCUUCUGUUCCUUGCCCAUAAGACCCUUCUGGUACCGAUUGGCACUUUCUUGGAUUCCUAGGUAUCUGAUCUGGAUCUACGUGAUGUAUGUAGCUAUCCGGAUAUACCGCCAUGUCGGCUACGAGUUCAAAGUCUUCGGCCAGGUUAGGGAUCAAAGCUCGAGCAUCGGUAUGAUAGGUGCCUCCAGCGCCAACACUAACCCGGCAGACGUUGUCGUGCCCAUGCAGCGCACUCAAUCCUCUAGGGACGAUGCGACAGUAGAGAAGCAGGCGGGAGGCGAUGAUGAGGAGGUCGCACCGGAUGACGACUCACUGAAUCACAACACACCGCCUGUGACCUCAAGACUAAGCCUCUUCGAUCCAAGCCGCCGACAAUCUACUCCCAGCUGGGCAUUGCCGUUCGGACUGUCCCCUUCGGAUAACCUCGCUGGAUCUUCGAACAUGCGACCCAAGAGCAAGAGCAAUCCGUCAUCUCGCCGGGGCAGCAAGCAGAUUGGGGCCGGCAUGAGCGCGGAGGACUUUGCGCCGCCCCCUCUGCUCACCACUGACCACCAUCGCGGCUCAGUCUCGACUGUGGGCUCCAUGAAAUCGUCCGGUGGCCACUCCUCCUGGGACACAACGUCGCCAGCGCUGCCCCAAAUAACAGAACAACACGUCGCCACAUCCCUAACCCAACCCGACCCCAACGAUGGCGCAACUCGCGCCCUCCAACAACGCCACAAAGCCAUCCAGCGCCAACUCCGCCUCCUCUUCAUCUACCCGGUUGUCUACCUCGUCCUCUGGAUCUUCCCCUUUGUCGCUCACGCCCUCAAUUAUAGCAACUAUUAUGCUCAACACCCCAUCUUCCCCAUCUCCGCUCUCAACAUUUUCUGCCAGAACAUCAUGGGUCUUGCGGAUGUCUUGAUAUUCUGCUGGAGAGAGAAGCCGUGGAAACACAUCCCAGGCAGUGACGGGACGUUCCUGGGCAGCUUUUGUUUCUGGAGGUACAUGUUCGGGACGAGGUGGAUGGAGCAGAGGCGUAAAAGCAGUGCGCCUAGCAAUCAGGGUCUUCACGAUCGUGAGGAGAAGAGGGACAGUAAAGCUGGACUCCUGCGGACGAUUAAGCGAUGGAGCCUCAGCAUCCUGGGCAAAAAUCCUUCACCAAGACCUUCAGAGGCAUCGAUCAAACCCCCGGGUACUGCUCCACUUCCUCGAACGAGAACCUCAGCACCGCCAAUGCACCGCCGCACCCGCAGUGGUGGUAGCGACCGCCGCGUCAUGCAAGCAGAGCAAGCACAGGAGCGUCUCGCGCUGGAGAGAGCAGACUACGAACGGCACCGGACGAGUUUGCAGGAGAGGAGGGCUAGUGUCGUUAGUGCACCGAAAGCCGAGGGAAAAGAAAUACAGGCGUCGCCGCCGUUACCGUCUCCGCCUCCGACGCAGAGGAAGGAGUGGUGGGAUCGACAUAUGAGUGUCGGUGGUGAUGGCGAUGAGAUGCAUGAGGAUGUUAUAACCUCCCAACCCAACCAAUCCACCUUCAACAACACCGCCCUCUGCAACGGCUCCUUCACCACCGCCAACGCAACAGGCCUCCACUACCUCAACCCCCGCGUCGACCAAGGCUUCCAAUCCUCCCAACCCGACAACAACCCCGGCAAAACUCUCCCCGUAGCCAUCGCAUCCACAAUCGCCGAAACUACCACCAACAAGCGCCUCUCGUACACCGUCUGGCCUAACCCCGGUGGCGCGAAUUACUCGGAUGAAUUCAGUUUGGGUUAUGAUCUCUCCUUCGAGACCGUCGUCCUGAAAGGUCUUGCCCAAGAUGGUGGCCUCUUCAUCCCCGACGAGAUCCCACAGCUGCCCAGCGACUUUCUGACCAAAUGGAGCGACUACACGUUUCAAGAGUUGGCCUUUGAGAUCUUCUCGCUGUACAUCAGCAGAGAGGAGAUCCCGGAGCAGGACCUGAAGACGAUCAUCGAGAAGAGCUAUGGCACUUUCAGAGCGAAGGACGUCGCACCGAUCAUAACGUUGGAUGAGCAGAAGAAGAUACAUCUGCUGGAGCUCUUCCACGGCCCGACAUUUGCAUUCAAGGAUGUCGCGCUGCAGUUUGUGGGCAAUUUGUUCGAGUACUUCCUGGUGAGGAAGAAUAAGGGCAAGGAAGGCGCAAAUCGCGAGCACUUGACAGUCAUUGGCGCGACGAGUGGUGAUACGGGAUCUGCAGCCAUCUAUGGCCUGCGGGGCAAGAAGGAUGUCAGCGUAUUCAUCAUGUACCCCAAGGGCAAGGUCAGCCCAAUCCAGGAAGCCCAGAUGACGACCGUGACGGAUCCGAACGUACACAACUUGGCGGUCGAAGGCACAUUCGACGACUGCCAGGACAUCCUCAAGACACUCUUCGCCGAUGAGGACCUCAACUCGACCCACAAGCUCGGUGCAGUGAACAGCAUCAACUGGGCACGUAUCCUCGCGCAAAUCACAUACUACCUCCACUCCUACUUUUCGCUCGCGGAACAGCUCGACCAAGAACAGCCAAAGGCACGCUUUGUUGUGCCAACAGGCAACUUCGGCGACAUUCUAGCAGGAUACUUUGCGACACGAAUGGGUCUCCCAACCGACAAGCUGGUCAUUGCGACGAACGAAAACGACAUCCUGCACCGUUUCUGGAAGACAGGGAGGUACGAGAAGCAGGCCAAAGAUCAGGGUGCGUCAAAUGGCGUGAAAGAGGCAGAUGGAGCAAAGGCAGAUCCAAGUGGUGUGAAGAUGACAUACGCUCCGGCGAUGGAUAUUCUGGUCAGCUCUAACUUCGAGCGAUUGCUGUGGUACCUGGCGUACCAGACGAGCGAUGUGGAAGAAGUGAACAGGAGGCGGAUGCAAGCUGGUGAGAAGGUCAAGACCUGGCUACAACAGCUCAAGCGAGAUGGUGGUUUCGGUGUGGACAAUGCGAUCUUGGAAGCUGCAAAGCGUGACUUCGAGUCAGAAAGAGUCAGCGAUAAGGAGACGAUCGACACAAUUAAGCACAUCUACAGCCAACAGCUGUCGAGUUCGAAAGCUUUGUCAAAUGGCUCCGCGAAUGGCACGAGCAAGCCAGCCACAACCGGCACUUCGAGAGACGGCCACUACAUCCUCGAUCCACAUUCCGCUAUUGGUAUCGCAGCGACACUACGAUCAGUCGAGGGCAAUGGCAAAGACAUCGAUCACAUCUCACUGGCAACAGCACAUCCCGCUAAGUUCUCGAACGCAGUCGAGCUGGCGCUGAAGGACCAACCUGGUUUCAGCUUCGACACCGUGCUUCCCGAGCAGUUUAUUGGAUUGGACAAGAUGGAGAAGCGUAUCACAGAGAGCAAAGCGGACUUUAAACAGGUGCGCGAGAUCGUCAAGCGUGAGGUCGAGCAAGAGCUGCAGGCAGAGCGGUAG